GAUUUGUAAAAUAAAAAUUUACAACAAAAAAAAAAAAAAAAAAAGGAAAAUGCAUGUCACAGAUGAAAUUCUCUAUUGUAAAUAAAUUUUUUUCGUUGAAAGUUGAAGAUAAGCAUGGCUCUGUUUUGUGUCCUUCACUUGCUUAUUUCAGCACCAGAUGCUCUUGGGAAUUAAUUCCUCCACAGAAAGUGCUUCAUGGGUCACUGCCUGGAACAGUUUGUGGGUCACAAGAGUCUGCUGCUUAUGUGCCCAUAUCUAGGUCUAUAUCUUACUGUCUCUCUAAAUAUAUAUAUAUAUGUGUAAGUGUUGGAUUUGGACCACUCAAGUCUCAAGCAUAGGCUUAAUCCUCCAAAAUAUUUAAUGCUCUGACCCUGAUCCAGCAAAUCCCAUGGGCAAAUGUAAUGAGGCUGUUGGAGGAGUCAGAGGCUGUGGCAUGUGGUGACAGGAUGGUUUUUGAGCAUGUCUGGCACUGGAAGGUGAAUACAUUUCCUGCUCCUGGAAGAAUUUGCCUGCAGGGCUGGUGGAGAUGAGGUUGGUGUGAUCAGAGGUGCAGCCGGAACAAGCUCGAUAAGUAGCACUGUCCAACACCUCUUUAUCCUGUAAGUUAUCCUCUGCACAGGAUUAGGGAUGGAGGAGAGGCAUUAAGGCUCUAAUAGCAAACAAACUGCUUUCUCUGGCUAAUGGUGCAUCUCUUGGAUCUCCAUGAUGUGGACAGUCUUCAGCCUGGUUCUUGUCAGCUCCCUUUUUGUCCUCAAAAGUGAAGCACUGCAGUGUUACACCUGUGUAGGUUCUAGUGAUGAUGACUGCAACAGACAAGGAAGUCAGCAGUGUCCAGGCCAUGCAGAUGCCUGUGCAGUCAUUAGAGGACAAGCAAGUGGCAUCAUGAAGUCCUGCUCGUUCAGGUCCUUCUGCGAGCGCGCCCGGAGGGACGGCUCGAGGGCGCCCGGAGUGAGCGUGCACUGCUGCUACUCCAACAACUGCAACGCCAGGAGCCCGGCUCCCAGGGUCUCCAGCUCCAGCAGCUGCUUCCUCCUCAUCUUCACACUGCUCUGCCACUCCUUGGUGAAGCUGACAUGAAGGGCAAAAAGGAAAAAAAGAGUGUCCUGAAGCAACAACUCUGCCUUCUUAGCAAGGGAUGAUAAUAUCUCCUAAUCAUGCUCCAUGUACCAUAUAUCUCACUAGGCAAAAAGCUGUAGGAAGACCUGACAGAUGUUUAGAUAAAAAUUGUUUCAUCUGCUAAAUAGGUCUUGGUCUCUGUGUAAGAAAUGCUGCCCUGUUUAUCCUGAGGGGCUGAUUGUGCGAACACGUAACAUUUUCCUGCAAUUUAGAUAAGGAGAAAUCUUUGCUGCAGGUAGCCUGGUAGUAAGGUAAAGGGCAAAUGUCUGCCAAAUGUUGUUUACUGUUGGCAGACAUUCAAAAGCAAGCUAAAAUUUUCAAGCACAAAGUGACUGAAAAUUCUAGCAAGCAAGUUAAUCUUUCAGAGAGAAUUAGCAUACUAGACCAAGCCAGGAAACUUGAAAUACAGAUGAUUUAGUAUUGAUACAAACUGGUAAGAGAAGGCCAUUAAGAGAAUAAUGCAUGGAGGUGUAUUGUAUGGAAUAGGAUAUGUUCCUGGCAGGGGGACUGGAACUGGAUGGUCUUUAAGGUCCCUUCCAACCCAAACCAUUCCAUGGUUCUAUGCUUAUGUGUAUUUCCUUGGGAAAGAAACACCUUCCAGUCUUCUGAUCCUUUGAGAAUCUUACCACAGCAUCAGAAGAAGAUAAUAGAAGAGUUUGGAAGUUGUUU